AUGUCUCGUCAGCAACAACCUCGCGUGCUAGCAACAGGGAAGAAGAAGAAGAUGAUGAAGAAGAUAAACCUGUCCGCAUCUGAGACACGUAAGCUCAUCGAAAAUUACGGUAUCGUCUUUGAAGGGCCUCUGAGGCCAUCUCAGUGGCCCGAGCAGUAUAAACACAUCUUCCAGCAGAUUCGAGAGAUUCGGUCGAUAGAAUACGAUGCAUAUAACCCAGGUCCAGGUCGGAGUUUGGCAUUCGCCAACAAGAUGAAGCAACGUACAGCCGAACUCUGCCGGGAAGCACGAAAGGUCAGGAGAGAUCGGGAGGAAGAGAGCACUUGGAGAGGGAUGGAAAAUUGGAUUUUCGACAGCUUUGGCGCUCAAUUCAAAUGGUAUCUGUGGCUCUCUGAGUUUGCUGCAUAUCCGAGAGAUGCUGUCCAAAACGCAAAACUUCGCGAACAACGGGCUCAAACAUUGCUUUGUCAAUGUCCUCCAGAAACGCGAAUCGCGCAACUGUUCGAUGACAGGAAUAACGAGUUUCUCUUCUCCAAUGUGAGUGACCCUAUGGUCAAAUAUGACCGACGAGACAAGCUCGAAGAGCAGGGCAUCCACAGGAGAAAACCCGACCGAGUAAUUGGUCUUUCGGAGACAGGCUCAAUUCGAUACCAUUCCAACUCCGAGAUUGCUCAGGGAUUGCGGCACGACCCCUUUCCCGGCAAGAACUUGUUUUAUCCUUUCCUCAUUCUUGAGGCCAAACGGGAAUUUAAUGCUCCAGGGUUCGAGUCUAUUGAAAUGCAGACAGCUUUUCCGAUUCGGUCUUGUUUGAUGGUUCAAGAAGACCUCCGACGACAGUCAGAUGGUUCUCUGGAACCCCUCGUGUGGUUUCUGUCUUACCAAGGAGACGAGUGGAGAGUGGCAGCAUGCGUCGUCCACGAAGAGCGCUAUGUGAGUCGUAAUGUGUGCAACACCAUUCUAACGAUCGAGGUCCUAACCUUGGUUAAGAAAGUGAUUGACCUCUGGAUGGGGAGAUCAACCUCUGCAGACGACGCCCUACAGCUCUUGCUUAUAGUCGACUUCAUUUGCGAUUGGGCAAGGAAUGUGUUUCGAUUCGAGCUUCUCUGCAGUCUAGCCGGUGGGGUGCAGAACUUGAGGCAGAACUUGAGGCAAGGAUCCUGUGACACCUACGCGAGUAGAUUUUCGCGGCCCCCUCCAGAGUCGAGCGGUGCGUUAGCUCCAGUUGUCGCACGGGAGCUGGGACAGGGCCUAGAAGUUAUCGAUUUGACCGAAACACCCUCUGUUUUUGGGGGUUUUAUGUUCGAGGAUGUGGUCAUGGAAGACGGCGACGGCGAAGAGAAGGAGUGGAAGCUGCAUGGCGCAGGAAGUUCCAAGGAGCAAGAAGCAGCAGAAGAAGUCAUAGAUGCCGAAGCAGGCCUCGGAGAUGACACGAUGUCGCAUCCAUCUUUGAUCUCGGAUUCUAUUCAGCUGAUCCCUGGAGUGGCGGUUCAGCAGUCCCACAAGUGUCUAUUCGUGUUUCACCAUCUUUCCAUUCCGGAAGAGUUGGAAGAGAUGCAGAGAGUGCUGGCUCAGUUGGUUGACUCUCAGUCGGGUGCCUAUUGUGGCGAAACAAUCGAGACCGUGGCAAAAGCAAUAUUGCAGUGCUUCUCCGAUGACAGUGCCCAAGCGAUACCGACCACGUCGACUCGGAUCGGCCACCUGAGGACCGAAUGGUUGAGAGAGGUCAGUGGUACCAGCUUGAUGAACGAAUCUCCGGUGAGAGCCUGUGUGAAAUUUCAAAGUUACUUUCGGCGUGACUGGCAACUUGUCCGCGAGCUGCAGUGCGUGAGCUGUACAUCUACAGGCAUUCAGAUGCUGCGGAAAUUGAGUGGUGUCACAGAUGGCCAAAAUUUCGAAGACUUUUGCUGGAACCAGCCCGACUUGCUGCCCUCAGAUGCUUCUACAGCUCUGCGUUGCCUUACCGGUCAGCACGCUGUUGCUGCGGCGAUGCGCUCACGGAACAUGUAUCUGACCCGUGGGCCUGAACAGGUCGAAUCAAUUCGAAAGUGUUGGUGGCGGGAGGAGCGGGAGGAGCGGGAGGAGCGGGAGGAGCGGGAGGAGGAUGAUCAUGAUGAUGAUGCUGUUUCGCCAUGCCUGUCCAAAUUGUUUUAUCUCCUGGCGCCAGGUGCUCGCAAACGGCAAGAGGUUUCGGUUAUGGUGGACAGCGGCUCUUUACUCAUGGAGGUAUUGGAGCGGCCAUUCCCAAGGGAGCUGGAGGAUUCUUUCAUCGCGGAGGCGUUUCCUGGCGACCCGGGAAUCUUAGUUCGCAAAAGACACCACAGGCUUGAUGACAUGUCGUCUGAAUGGUGUCUCAUCUUGUUCAAUGACGUCGACUUCGAGCACAUUGAAGAUCACAUCGAAGAGAUCAAGGAAUGCUAUCAAAGCAUCAGGAGACAUCAAGUGUAUUAUAGCCUGAGAGACAAUGGCGGUGGGUUUGAGAGGAAACAUAUCGGCGACUUGUUGCCCGAAGUCCCUGGUCUUUGGCCUGAAGAGAUGAACACAUAG